AUGUCUGCUGCUAAGAGAAGCCCACCUUUCAGAGCUGAGCAUGUUGGCUCGCUGCUUCGUCCUGAUGAGCUUGUGCAGAAGCGUUAUGCUGUUGCCGCUGGCAAGGCUGAUGCUGAUGAGUUGAAGCCAAUUGAGGACAAGUCUGUCACUGAGGUUGUCAAGCUUCAGAGGGAUUGUGGUUUCCACGCUGUCUCGAGUGGAGAGUACACCAGACACAUGUUCUGGGGUACUUUCUUCGAAGAGCUUCACGGCAUGGAGGACCGCCAACUCGGCGUCCUCAAGGGCUACGACGCCUCCAUGUUCCGCGACUACGCACCAGAUGUAAAGUCCUUCCUGGAAGCCAAGGAGAUCCCCAACGCCGUAACCGUCUGUGUAGCCAAGAUCCAGCAUCCCGGCCACUCCAGCAAUGCCCGCGAGCUCGAAGUCAUGAAGGCCAAUGUCCCCGAAGCCGAGUGGAAGAACAUUAAGAUUACUGUUAUUUCUCCUUCAUGGUACCAUUUCCGCUACCGUGCUGGUCGUGCUUACCCCAAGGAAGUCUACGCAAAUGAUGAGGAGUACUUUGCCGAUGUCGCAAAGGCAUAUCAGACAGAGUUGAAACUGUUGCACGAAGCCGGCAUCCGCAACAUCCAAAUCGACGACCCUAACCUCGCCUACUUCUGCUCCGAAGCCAUGCUCACCGGCUGGGCAGCAGACAAGGGAAACGUCAAGACCGCCGACGAAAUGUUCGACGCCUAUGUGAAGUUCUACAAUGCCUGUUUCGAGCGCCCUGCCGGUAUGCAUUUGGGCAUCCAUCUCUGCCGUGGAAACUACAUGGGAAGCCGUCAUUUCAGCGAGGGUGCUUACGACAACAUUGCCUCAAAGCUGUUCAAGGAUCUCAAUGUCGAUACUUAUUACCUCGAGUACGACACUGCUCGUGCUGGUGGCUUUGAGCCCUUGAAGCAUCUGCCCAAGAACAAAAAUGUCAUUCUUGGUGUCGUUACUAGCAAGUUCCCUGAGCUCGAGGACAAGGAGAAGAUGGUGCAGCGUGUGUAUCAGGCUGCUGAUUUCAUUGCCGAGGGUAAUGGUCAGUCCAGAGAGGAGGCUCUGCAGCGUGUUGGUGUGUCGCCGCAGUGUGGUUUCGCUUCUCACGCUGAGGGCAACUCUCUCGAGUACGAGGAUAUGCGCAAGAAGUUGCAGCUCGUCAGAGGUAUUGCUGACCAGAUUUGGCCCAGCCAGCCUUAA